AUGUCGGACGUUGAUCGCUACUCUGUGGACGACGAAAGUGCUGGUCAGCGAGACAGUCUGUUUUCAUCCCCCGAGCCUGAAGGGUCCGCGGUGGAGAGUGACACAAGUGUUUACUCUAAUGUUGACAAGCGUGGCGAGGCUUCAACUCUACAACGCUUGGACAAUUGCAAUCCCUCAGGUCGGGGAAAAGAUCAAGCCAUCCUCUUCGAGGACGAUGUAUCGGAUGGCGACGCUGCGAAUUGGGUUGCAAUCCAAAAUGAAAUGCUCGAGUCUCAGAUUGGCAAUUCUGCCUUGAGAGUUCGACCAUCUCCAACCGAUCGAGAAGUAGAAGACGAUGUGGGACCAUGCGUAGAGAGCGACAACAGAGAGGGAGACGAUGACAUGUACCAUGCCACAACAGCACAAUACCAUCGCCAACGCAGUCGCAACGAAAUGGAAGAUUCCACCCACAAAGCGUCUCUCCCCAACCGCUACUGUUGGACUGGUGCCACAAGAGUGGUUGGCAUAGUUCAACAGUCCUCGUUAAAUGAUUCUCGCAGAAAUUCGCCUAAAACUGCUAGUCCCACCUUUCCGUCGUCUAGAAAGAGGCGCGGUGCCGCAUUGCACGAGUCACCGUCUAGGGGGCUGGAUGUCAGUAUCGACCAGAUCCCUUGUCGGAAGAAGGUUUCGCUAUCACGAUCAACUCAAAACCAUCGCGCCACUCAGAAGGGACGGAUUCUGACUGGCAUGAAAUCUCGACCGGACCUUCCACUACCAGGAGCCAGGCCGCGGUCUCUGUCAUGCGAGACACCGCCGAGUCCAUCCGAGGCGCGGCAAGAUGUUGAGGAGGAGGUCGUAUGGGAAUACGGCCGUCUUCUCGACUACAACAUUGUUAAUGGAAAACCUUUGGUGCUGGUGCCCUGGAUCCCGACGUGGGAACCGCCUGAUGAGUACCCACCGGAGGAAGUGGACAGGGUAAGACGCACCUCCCAGAGACAGAUGCAACGAGGAAGGCCGCGUUCCAAGCAGAUUAUGUAA